AUGACGAGCGUCGUGUACGAAGACGCCCGAGAUAUAAAGCGUAAUUCCGCUGUUGAAAAGGAGGGGAAAUCCCUCAAACAUUUCAACUACUUCCUGAAAGACUAUUGCAAGCAGAUCAAUGUACCCGUGGUCACCGCAGAUAAAAUCCCCUAUUUCAGAUUACCCAUCAAGAAGGACAUCAAUGAGGAGGAAGAGGCUGUAUUCCGGGAGGCACAUGUGUUCUGGGAUAAGAUGAUGGGUGCUUUUUUCAUCUACAUGGGCACUGCGGCGAGAUGUGGCUGUAAUCCUAAAGGGAGAAGGCUAGCGUAUCAGUCAGCGACUGGGUACUGCUCCUCUGUCAAAGUCUAUUACAUCAACCUGGAAGAAUUCAGAAAGCGAAGACGUCUUCAGAGAAGCUAA